CAAGUGGUGACACAGUGUUGCAAACAAGGAGGCCGGGCCCCCAAAUAUCACCCCUUAAUUUAUUGCGUGUAUUUCCCACCCGCAACGGAGCCAGUGUCAGGCAGCGGAGGGGCAUUAGUGAGAGCGGGGGCGGUCUGGGCUAGGGGAGAGGGGACCGUGCUCGCCCCUCUCCCAGCGGCCCCUCGGAGGGAGAGAGAUAACGAAGAAAAUAGGGAGGGGGAGGAGUGGCGCUGGGGCGCCCUCAGGAGUUGGGGGGCCUUUGAACCCAUCCGCUCCAUUAUCGCUGCUGCACCCCUGAGGGAGAGGCUCUCCUGAGAAGCUGCUUGCUUCAGGGCUCCGGCGCUGAAAGGGCUCCUUGUCUUGAAAGCCUGGGAAGGAAGAAUCCGGAGGAUCGCCUGUGGCUGGCUGGGGCCUCCUUCCUUCCCGCCCUGCAGGUGGUUGCACAAACGUUCACGUGGCCUCGCCCGCCUGGCCAAGUGGCGCCUCCUUGCUUCGCCCCCCGGUCCCGUCGGGGGAGGCACAGGCAAAGCCCGAACGGAGGCUCUCUGGGAUACUGCAGCUGGUACCCGACAGCAGGGAUGGCCGAGAGACUGGAGAAAGUGCCCAUCGCCUCGGCGGGGCCGGAGGACGUGGAGCAGUGCCCGAUGAUGCCCCCUGCAUACUCAGCUGUGAUGGCAAAAUCUUCUAGCACAGGAAGGCUGCUCAGGAUCGGGGCCGUGGUGCUCAUCGGUGGAGCCGUGCUGCUCCUCUUCGGAGCCAUUGGAGCCUUUUACUACUGGAAAGUGAAUGACAAAGAGGUCUACAAUGUCCACUACACUAUGAGUAUUAAUGGGAAAGUACAAGAGGGAUCGAUGGAAAUAGAUGCUGGGAACAAUCUGGAGACCUUUAAAACUGGAAGAGGAGGAGAAGAGGCUAUUGAAGUUCAUGAUUUUCAGAUUGGCAUCACUGGAAUCCGUUUUGCUGGGGGAGAGAAGUGCUACCUUAAAGCCCAAGCUAAAACUCCUGUCCCUGAAGUCAAUGCUAUGAUGAAAGAAAGCUUGUCCUUUGAACUGGAAGAUGAAAUUAUGCCAGCUAAAUUCGAUGAAAACUCCCUUGUCUGGGUGGCCGCAGACCAACCAAUAAAGGAUAAUAAUUUCUUGAGUCCCAAAAUUUUAGAGCUUUGUAGAGAUCUUCAGAUUUUCUGGCUUCGACCAUCCUAUCCAAAAGCUGGGCAAAGAAGAAAGAGAGCGGCUACUAGGCAGGCACGCCAGACUCAGUCAAACUUGGAUCUGGACCAAUUUGAAGCUGCUGCUGAAGAAGUAAAUACUAGACCACGGAGUAGCCAACGGGCUCGGGAACAUCCAUCCAAUGCUACUCAACCUUCUAGGCAAGACAUCAGGCCACCCUUUAAUCCAGAUAAUCCUUACCAUCAGCUGGAAGGGGGUGAAGGGAUGACCUUUGACCCACGGCUAGACCAUGAAGGAGUCUGCUGUAUUGAGUGCAGACGGAGCUACACACAUUGCCAACGGAUCUGCGAACCUCUCCUGGGCUACUAUCCGUGGCCCUAUAACUACCAAGGGUGCCGUUCUGCUUGCCGGCUUAUUAUGCCCUGCAGCUGGUGGGUUGCCCGCAUCCUGGGUGUUGUGUGAAGUAGGGUGAACCGUAUGCAGCAGUCCUGGCCUAUGAAACAUGAGUGGGAACAAUACUAUGAGACCAUGACCCAGGAAUCAUUAUGAAUACAUGUGGAAAUGAAUGAGGUUAGCCAUUGUCGAUGUUAAUAAAUUAAAACCAAGUUAAUAUUUCAUUGGCUGUACAAAAGCAGAGUGACACUUAGAAGUCUUUUAGCAAACCACAUUAUCUCAGCCCUGUUGAAGACGGGGGCGGAGGGAGGGAAAGUCUCAAAAAGACAGAUUAACUUGCUUAUGAAUAAGGCUUCCCAAACUAAAUGCUUACAGACACUGAACUUACUCAGCCUCUCCUAAGCUAGCCUUGUGUUUUGAGACAGAUGUGAAAAUUUCUCCAAUUAGAUUACUAGCUAGACCUAUGCUUCUGGGAGUACCUUUCAACCAUGUAGAGCUUGACAAAUAAAUCAGAAGUGAAGCUGC